AUGGGCGGCUCCAUUGCCUCAUCCAACAAGUCGCCGACCUCCGAAUUCAGGUACAGCUUGCAUGGCUUACCCUACGGCCAGACCGUAGCAUCGCAGCCACCCAUCAAGGUCACAAGCUCGACCUCUUUGCAUCGCAUUCCUGACCACGAGAGCAACGAGCAUUUACCUUCGCCGCCGACAGGGGAUAACGCGUCCACCUUGUCCAAUAGAAGAAACCAAAACGACGCGUCGCCGCACGAUGGAGACGCAUUUCGGUUUGCUUCUGCAGGUUCAAUUUCCGCACGAGACAGCCAAACAAGCCUCAAUACCAGGACCCCGACCGUAAGCAGCUUGACAUCCGCCGCAGCCAGUGUUCCUCAGAUCCGCGUCAACGACGCGCCCGAUCGGAAGAGUGAUGUGAGUGUUGGGGAGAGCAAGAAAUGGUUAUCCUUGAAUCCGGGUCGAAUAGGCUCAAUGUUUUCGGGGCAAGAGGCAGCCAAAGACAAGUCUUCCAUGCAGGGGAAUUUCGACGCUCUUGCAUUAGACAUAAGCAUUCCAUCAGGAGGGUUUGCCGACGACCUUACGACGAACAGCAUAGAAUUCUCAAAGAGAGGGAGCAUGCUGAUUGAUGGGAGAAGAGUGAAUCCGUCAAACAAUCGCAGAUCUUCACCUAUGCUCGCUUCAAUCAUGGACGAAGAAAAGAGAGAAGAUGGGGCACAAGAUGUCACGCCGACGAACAGUGCCAAAGCAACUUCGAUGCCGUCUCCCAGCGCUACACCGAAGGCUGUAAAAGAGCGACCGCCCGCAAAGGUUUUGUCGGCCGAUGAAGAAAUGCUCUCUGAAAAAGUACGUGCUUUCUACGCCGCAGGUACAGAUAGUCAGAAUGAGACGGAAUCAACAACCAAUCUUGCAGCUCGUAUGGGCACACGGUGGCAAACGUCGUUGGGUACCGAUGCGCAGAGUGCAAGUAUACCAUCUCUGUCAAGGGCGACGUCUACCACCGAUAUGAAUGAGGAUCUAGACAGCUCCUCGAGACAUCCGAGUAUGACGGCUUCCGCUUCGCAAACGUACAUAAUACCUGAACGGGAAGAGACUGAGCUGGCUGGUGGCUUGGAAGACUGGAAAGAUGUCGAUAACGCAGACGUCGACAGAUACGGGUUCAUCGUAUCGCGGACGCCCGUCAUGGACGGUGCAGAUGAGUCCAAGCCUCAACGACUGACUCGUGUCUCGACGAGUUUACAACAAGCCUCCGAAACUCCUCGGCGGAGGGUGACGAUACGUCGCACACCGAGCAGUGCCCAUGCCUCUACGAGAUCGGUUCAUAGCAGACACAGCACUUCUGAUCAGACUCCGCCACGCCCGACGAGUUCGCAGAGUGGCUAUGUUCGUACUUCCGGUCGGCGAAGCACCUCGAGUCGUAUGCUUGGGCCUGGCUCAAAAGACCGGCGGCUGAUGGAAUCAGCAAUGGAUAUGCUUACAUUGCCGCGGUCCGCGAAAUCCGUUGUUGAGGACGGCCACGUACACAUUGACGACGCUCGAGCCCGGAGAAAAGAAUUGGAGCGGGAAGAGAAGUGGCGACGGAUGGCACGAGAGAAACCUCCUCCCACGGAUCCAAAGACCGGUCUGCCAAUUGUAGGUGGUGGCUCUGCCACAGGAUAUACUUUUGACACCAGCUCAUCGAAACUCAUCGAACGUACCUGGAAGGGCAUCCCAGACAAGUGGCGAGCGACGGCGUGGCACAGCUUUUUGAGCACCUCGGCCUCGCGGCGGAAAGAGUGUUUAAGCGACGACGAACUGAUUACUUUGUUUCACGACUAUCAGACACAGUCGUCACCUGACGAUGUCCAGAUUGAUAUUGACGUCCCACGAACCAUCUCUGCACAUAUCAUGUUCCGAAGGCGGUAUCGCGGUGGACAACGUUUACUGUUUCGUCUUUUACAUGCCAUGUCUCUACACUGCCCUGAAACAGGGUACGUUCAAGGCAUGGCGGCGUUGGCGGUCACUUUACUGGCGUAUUACGACGAAGAAAAGGCGUUCGUAAUGAUUGUUCGCAUGUGGGAACUCCGGGGUUUGGGGGAGUUGUACAAGUCAGGGUUUGGAGGGUUGAUGACCGCCUUGAACGACUUUGAGCAGGGGUGGCUGGGCCAGGGGGAAGUCGCGCGGAAAUUGGAGGAACUCAACAUCGGCCCGACGGCAUACGGCACACGCUGGUACUUGACAUUGUUCAACUACACCAUUCCUUUCCCUGCGCAACUACGUGUCUGGGAUGUAUUCAUGCUUCUCGGAGACGAUACCUCACCGGCCCCUUCGACCUCGUCGACCACGAACAACAAUAGGAAGGCUUCGGUCGCAGUGGCGUCGCAAAACCAAGCCCAGGAUCCUGGCCAAGAUCAAAAUCCAGAAGAACCUAAAUUCGGGACGACUCUCGACGUCCUGCACGCUUCCUCGGCCGCCUUGAUCGACGGGAUGCGGGACAUCUUGCUCGAGUCCGACUUUGAAAACGCCAUGAAGGUUUUGACCAGUUGGAUCCCGAUCCAGGACGAAGAUUUGUUCAUGCGGAUCGCACGGGCAGAGUGGAAGAUGCAUUUGAAAAAACAACAGUCGAAUCAUCAUGGCACAGCCAGUUCCCAAGGGAAAAAGACCGGAAAGUGAUGACGAGAGCCAGUAGGCGAAAACAAAGAAGAAGAAACCCCCCGGAAACUACGUACCUACGUAGGGAGUCAUCGCACGAAUCAAAGUAAUGAUUUAUACCCGCGCGCGGUGCCGCCACUCCCAUUCCCAAACAUUACCAAUGUUUUGAUCAAUAAUAAAACCUCUUUACCUCUUCACCGGGGGGGAGUGAAGGGAAAGGGAAAGGAUUUGGAGGAAGAACACGCCACAUCAUACACACACACGAAUCACCACGGGGCAUACAUGCGACAAGUGAAUUCACGAAACGAAACUUGAUUUUUCUUUUUGUUUUGGUUUUGGUUUUUUUGGGUUUUUUCCCCCUCUCCCCGGACGAGGCCGAUGGGAAUGGAAUACGGGAUAAAAUCGAAAGAACCACAUUGACAGCGUCAACAAGUCAAGAAACACAACGCUUGGGGACAAAAAUCAAUGGAGCGAAAUGGACCGAGUUAAUUUCCCAUGAGACAAGGGACACGCGAGGGUGGUUUUUUCGGAAGACAAAAAAAAACCAUGAAAAACCAAAAUGAUCCCGUCUGGAUGAGAGCGGCAGAAAAGAUACUUGAUCCGGGGGACUUGGAUGUCAGUGUUGUGACGGAAAAGAGGAUCUUUUUUCUCCUUUGACACCAUGUUAUGUAUAUACCUUAAUGCUAGUUAGAGGUACC